UUAUUUUGAAAAUGGCGUCGACCGGAACGUCCGAAGUUGCUUCGACGUCACAAUCUAGUGAAGAGGCAGAAAAGAAAAAUGCUGAUAGUACAUUUAAUGAGUUUUAUUCUGAGGUAAAAGCAAUAGAAAAGCAUGAUUCUGUCUUGACAUCAAAACAGCAGAUAGACAGACUGAAUAGACCAGGCUCAACAUACUUCAACCUCAACCCUUUUGAUGUGCUACAGUGUGAUCCUGACACACCUAUUGCAGAUUUAAAGAAGAAAUACAGACAGAUGUCAAUAUUAGUCCAUCCAGACAAGAAUCAGGAUGAUUCAGAGAGGGCACAGAGUGCAUUUGAAGCGGUGAACAAGUCAUAUAAAACAUUGGAGAAUGAAGAAGGAAUGAAGCGAUGUAGAGAAGUCAUUGAGGAAGCUAAAGCCAGGGUUGAUGAAAUGAUGAAGACACAGAGGAAAAAGUUAAAGAAGGAAGGGAGACCUCAAAUAGUUCCUGAGGAUGAUAGAGAGAAGUACAAACAUUCGGUGUAUGUACAGACAUGUAAAUUAUUUGCUGAUCUGGAGAGAUUGAGGAUAGAAAAAGAAGCCAAAGAUGUACAUGAAAGAAAGAGGAAAGCAGAAGAAGAAGCUGACCAGAAAGAGAAAGAAGAAAUUGAGAAAGAAUGGAACAAGAACUUUGAGGAGAGCAGAACUGGCAGGGUAGACAGUUGGAGACAGUUUGCAUCGAAGAACAAGUCACACAAGAAAAUGAAGGGUACAUUUCGUCCACCUAAACCAAAGCUUGAGAAGAGAUAGUAAAAACUCAAAAAUGGUGCAAUCAUGUUAAUUGAGCCGCACCAUGAGAAAACCAACAACCAACAUAGUGCAUUUGCGACUAGCAUGGAUCCAGACCAGCUUGCGCAUCCACACAGUCUGGUCAGGAUCCAUGCUGUUCGCUAAUGGUUUCUCUAAUUGCAAUAAGCUUUGAAAGUGAACAGCAUGGAUCCUGACCAGACUGCGUGGAUGCGCAGGCAGGUCUGCAUCUAUUCUGGUUGCAAAUGCACUAUGUUGGUUUUCUCAUGGUGCGGCUCUUCCAGUAAAUACUAUGGUCAAAAUGAGUACUUGUAUAUAGUUGUACAGUGUACUUGUGAAACACAUUAUAUGCUGUUUGUUGAAAUGUGUCUUUGAAAAUUGUAUGAUAAACUUUUUAACUUGUGAUUGUAAGUUUGGUAUAUUUCAUGACACAUAAAUAUAGGGCUUACUAUGCAUGUGUAUUUAAAUUGAUUGUUGUUAUAAGCUGUAUCAGCACCUGAAUGGAGUUUCCACCCGACUGAUUUCGGUCAGUGACUUCAAUCCCUUGCUUGUGUUGUCAUGUGAACAAACCAUUGAGUUGGCUCACAACAGGUUCGGGAUUCAAACUAGGACCAUACCUUACAGAAUACAUAAAGGAGCACCAUUGAUUUUAACAAGUUAGCAAGUUGCGUAACGACCAACAUUGUGUCAGUGUGACUCAGAAUCCAAAUGAAAACAGUAAAUUUUGUUUUAUGUUGCAAUUUUAAUUUGUGUCUUCUUUAGCACGUUUAUCACAUUUUGGGAGAUAAUAAUGCUUGAUAUUCACAGUUGUUAGACAAUUUCGUGAACAUUACAAAUUGAAACAACAUAGCAAAUGUUAUCUGAUUUAUAGAAUAUAACUUAAUUCAUCUGUUUUAGCUCCUUUAAUUGUUUUUUAGCUUGACUAUUCAAAGAAUAGUCUAGCUUUUCUACUCACCCUGGCGUCAGCGUCACACCUUGGUUAAGUUUUUGCAUGCAAGUACAUACAGCUAUUACUAAAAGGCAUAUACCGGUAGAUUUAAAACUUAUUUUUUCUUUUUCUAGAUCAAUUACCAACCUCACUGGGUCAAGUUCCAUAACUCUGGCAUGUAUUUUGAGCAAAUUAUGCCCCCUUUUGGACUUAGAAAAUUCUGGUUAAAGUUUUACAUGCAAGUUACUAUCUCUAAAACUAAUGCAGAUAUUGAAUUGAAACUUCACAUGUGCCUUCGGGGUUAUAAAACUAGUUGAUGGCAGCAAGUCCUAUAACUCUGAUAUGCAUUUUGGUCAAAUUAUUUCCCCUUUUGAACUUAAAACUCUUUUGAUAUUUAACCUUUUUGGGUAAUAUUUUCCUGCUUCUGGGACAAUAUUUCGAAUAGUCGAGCUUGGCUGUCUUACGGACAGCUCUUGUUUAGUUAUGAGUUGAUUAUAGAAAUAUAUGUGUCAUGAUUUGUACCAAGCUUACAAUAAGAGUGAUUUGUUGUUUAAAUAAAUAACAGUGAUUAAAUCCUCAGAAAAUGAUCUCUGCCAUAAAUAUGAAGGAAUGGAUCUGUUUUAGUAGAAUUAUUAUGUCUCCUAGGUUUUUAAAGUGAGUUUGGAGACCAGUCUAUAAAAUGCAACUCAACCAUUGGUCAUUUUCAAAAUUCAGCUUGGAAACGCCAAUCAAAUGAUGGGGAUUUUAGACUGGUCUCCAAAUUCAGUUUUAUGGCCUUUGGCCAAGGAUGAAGAGAAUAAGUUAGUUGACAGAAUUCAGCUUUCUCAGUGAAAGAAAUUAGUGUAUGUGGUGAUUGGAAUUCAAAAUAAAAGGUAACUGUAGUUGUAUUGGAAUACACAUACAUAUGUACAGUCGAAACUCGGUUUCUCAAAUUCCAUGGGAUCAAGCUGUUCACUUUUUGAUAACUGAAAUUCAACUAAAAAUGAUAUAUUGUCCAUGUGUUUUUGGGGCAGGACUUGAAAAUGUCUUCGAGAUAGCCAGAAUUUUGAGAUAAGCGAGUGCUAGAUAUUGAGUUUCAACUGUACUUCGGUCCAACUAGAUACAGUGUGAAACUUUAUUGACUGUUAGUAAUUGUGUACUUCAGGGUCUGUAUUCAUCCAGGUGUAAAGUCUGAAACUUAAACUUAACAACAGCAAAUAUUUAGACAUUUUCCUGUCUAUAUCUGUUGAAGGUGCAUUCAUGCAAAUGUAAGUUACAUUGUGUGUUGAUUUAACCUUUAUCAUGCUGGACACGACUGAUUCUGCCUUUGCGACCAGUGUAGAUCAUGAUCAGCCUGCACAUCCAUGCAGUCUGAUCAAGAUCUGCACUGUUAGCCAUUCAGUCAGUAUCUUUUUGGUAAGCACCCCUUUUAACAGUUAAUGGUACUGUCCAGAUUGAAAGAUGGACAAGGUCAUUAUAGAAAUUUAGCAGGGUAAGGGUUAACAGUGACAUAGCAAAAAGAAAAUUUACCAUGUUAAAGCUCCAACAUUUAUAUGGUGGGCAUAUAGUUUUGCUGCUGUCCUUCCAUUCGUACUUACUCCCCGAAAUCUUGUUUGUCGAACUCCUCCCACACUAUUAGCCAGAUUUGCUUCAAACUUUCACAGAUGAUCGACCUCCUUGUUCAGGUGACCAUAAUGAAAAGAAUUUUUGCUGUGGCUAUUUUUACUGCAGUUAUAGCCCUUUGAUAGUUUUGCUAAAUAGAAUAUUGAGAAAAAUCUUGUGUGUCUAACACCUCAAACACUUUUGAAAAGAUAUGCUUGAAAGUCACUGAUGAAGGACCUUGACGUAAAGAUGACCAUAAAUAAUGGACUUUUUUCUGUGGCUAUGUUUUCUAGAAUUAUGGGCCUUUCUUAAUUUCACAAAACAGGCCAUAGUGAAGAACAUUGGUGUGUUCAACUCCUCAUAUACUUUUUGAAAGGUUGGAUUCAGAGUAGCUCAGAUGCACAACCUUACCUGAAUACAAUUUGCUUUAAGUUUUAGUCGAACAUCCUUCAUGUGAGGAUGGUCUGUACUUAAACUGCUAUUUAGAGGAUGGUGUAGUAUGUGGGGGCAUCCAUGUCCAAUGGAUACAGUUCUUGUUAAGUUUAAGUUUCAGACUUCCAGUGUUAAUGUAUACUGACCCAGGAGAAAAUGUUUGUUGUUGUGUUCUCUAUGAUGUGAGUGUUCUGUCAAACAUACGGAUAUGUUAGCAAAUACUCAAUAUAGUUGUGACAUUUUUAGCUUGACUAUUCAAAGUAUCGAGAGCUGUCCUACUCGACUGGCGUUGGCGUCCUUCCGCGUCCGCACCUUGAUUAAAAUUUUGAAACACUUUCUCUAUAUCUUUGCAAUUACUUGAUGGAUUUGUUUCAACCUUAAAAUGGUUAUUCCUCAUCAUCUUCCACAUCAUAUGACACAAGGGUCAUAACUCUCGCACCAAUAUUUUAUGAAUUAUCCCCCCUUUUUACUUAGAAUUUCAGAUUAAAGUUUUGGUUCACUUUUACUCUAUCUCAGUUAUUGCUAAUAUCCCAGUCACACAUCUUGCGUGGAUAGCUACGUCUGAAACUUAAACAUCCGUAGUUAAAUGUACUAAACAUAGUUACCGUACUGAGACGUACCUUGCCAUAGUUUAACAUGAUGUCAAAGAUAAUCGUAAUGGAAAUGCUGGCAACACGUGGCCUAUUUAUAUGAAACUUACCGACCCGUUACUAAACCUUAAUGUGAACGUAGUCAUGCAUAUUGAUCCGUAGCUGAACGUAGUUAUCCGAGGCUGCUCGUACUUAAGCAUAGUUCAACAUAGUGCCCCGCAGACCCAUCCACGCACUGGGCAAGUUGCCAGGCACAGUAAAAUGUAGUUCAACGUAGUACGCCAUACCUAUCCAUACUUAUUCACGUCCUGUAUCUUUUUGUUCCCCGUUUCUCGCCAUUUUUCGCGUAUUAAGACGUACUGCUCCAUACUUAUCCAUGUCCACCCCACCGCGGAUCAAUCCCAUCCGCACCGUACCUCAAUGCAUAUCCGUAUGUGUGACUGUAGCUUAAAUUGGUUUGAUUCAAACUUGAAAUAGUUGUUCCACAUCAUCACCCACACCAUAUGACACCAGGUCCAUAAUGCUGGCCCCAAUAUUUUACUAAAUAGACUUGAUUCAAACUUAUAAUAGUUAUUCCACAUUAUAAGUCACAUGAUAUGACACAUGGUGCAUUACUCUUGCAGAAUUUUUCCAUGAAUGAUGUCCUUGUUAUACUCUUUUAAUGUUUUGAUACACUUUUUCUCUGUUUCUGUUAUUUCUUAAUACUUAAACACAGACAUAAGCUAUUGUCCAAUAUCUUCAUCCACGUUGAAGUCAUUAAACACUCCAGUGACAGCUCCAGUUUUCUUAGAUGUGCCAAAUAUCACUAUCCAGCAUCGAAAUAGUUGAGCACCCUGUCUCCUGUGACAGCUCUUGUUACAGGAUGAUUUCAGAAGUUUGAAAAAAAGGCAGUUUUCCUUAUUUAAAAUGACUAUAUUUAACUUUGUUGCAGAUGGAAGAAAUAAAAACACUGUCUUUUCUUAUGUUACUGAUAAAUAUUUAGACAGCCCUCAGAGUAUGCAUUUGCUUUUAGUAUGGGAUAUAAGGGAGUUUGGGGAAUUACAAUAUUUUCUCUUAUAUUUGAAUAUAACUGGAUAAUUUUGACAUAUUCUGAAUUUCUUGUCCUUGAUAAACUAAUGUUAUUUUUUAGCUCGACUUUUCAAAGAAAAUAUACAGCUAUUGCACUCGCCCCAGCGUCGGUGUCGCCGUUGGUUAAAGUUUUUGAUAAAGUCAAAUGUCUUUGUUACUGUUAGAGCUAUUGACUUGAAACUUAAAAACAGUUAUUUACUAUCA